UCAGACCAUUCAGUGUUUGAUAUAGUUCAAAGCAGUCGUCUACUAAAAUCACAAUCAUGAGCGGAAGAGGCAAAGCAGGAAAAUCGAAGGGAGGCAAAUCUAAGACCAGGUCGUCCCGUGCCGGACUCCAGUUCCCGGUCGGUCGUAUUCAUCGUCUGUUGAGGAAAGGAAACUACGCCGAACGUGUCGGAGCCGGAGCACCGGUGUACCUGGCCGCUGUCAUGGAAUACUUGGCAGCUGAAGUUUUAGAAUUAGCUGGUAACGCUGCCCGUGACAACAAGAAAUCUCGUAUCAUUCCCAGACAUUUGCAAUUGGCAAUCAGGAACGACGAAGAAUUAAACAAAUUGUUGUCCGGUGUUACAAUCGCUCAAGGCGGUGUGUUACCCAACAUCCAGGCUGUUCUUUUGCCCAAAAAAACCGAAAAGAAAGUCUAAUUCAACUACUCAACAUAAUGUUCUACUCAAAAGGCCCUUUUCAGGGCCACUAUCAUUCAUUCAUACACGGGUCCCUUAUUAGUAGUAACGUGCGCUCUGUAACAUGUACAUUGUGGUUUAAAUUAACUUGGUGGAUAUAA